UGUCAACAUGUGCGUGCGUGCUACAGUAGGCAUGUGCGUGCGUGCUACAGUAGGCAUGUGCGUGCGUGCUGCAGUAGGCAUGUGCGUGCGUGCUACAGUAGGCAUGUGCGUGCGUGCUACAGUAGGCAUGUGCGUGCGUGCUACAGUAGGCAUGUGCGUGCGUGCUGCAGUAGGCAUGUGCGUGCGUGCUACAGUAGGCAUGUGCGUGCGUGCUACAGUAGGCAUGUGCGUGCGUGCUACAGUAGGCAUGUGCGUGCGUGCUACAGUAGGCAUGUGCGUGCGUGCUACAGUAGGCAUGUGCGUGCGUGCUACAGUAGGCAUGUGCGUGCGUGCUACAGUAGGCAUGUGCGUGCGUGCUGCAGUAGGCAUGUGCGUGCGUGCUACAGUAGGCAUGUGCGUGCGUGCUACAGUAGGCAUGUGCGUGCGUGCUACAGUAGGCAUGUGCGUGCGUGCUACAGUAGGCAUGUGCGUGCGUGCUACAGUAGGCAUGUGCGUGCGUGCUGCAGUAGGCAUGUGCGUGCGUGCUACAGUAGGCAUGUGCGUGCGUGCUACAGUAGGCAUGUGCGUGCGUGCUACAGUAGGCAUGUGCGUGCGUGCUCCAGUAGGCAUGUGCGUGCGUGCUCCAGUAGGCAUGUGCGUGCGUGCUGCAGUAGGCAUGUGCGUGCGUGCUACAGUAGGCAUGUGCGUGCGUGCUACAGUAGGCAUGUGCGUGCGUGCUGCAGUAGGCAUGUGCGUGCGUGCUGCAGUAGGCAUGUGCGUGCGUGCUGCAGUAGGCAUGUGCGUGCGUGCUGCAGUAGGCAUGUGCGUGCGUGCUACAGUAGGCAUGUGCGUGCGUGCUACAGUAGGCAUGUGCGUGCGUGCUACAGUAGGCAUGUGCGUGCGUGCUACAGUAGGCAUGUGCGUGCGUGCUACAGUAGGCAUGUGCGUGCGUGCUGCAGUAGGCAUGUGCGUGCGUGCUACAGUAGGCAUGUGCGUGCGUGCUACAGUAGGCAUGUGCGUGCGUGCUGCAGUAGGCAUGUGCGUGCGUGCUACAGUAGGCAUGUGCGUGCGUGCUACAGUAGGCAUGUGCGUGCGUGCUGCAGUAGGCAUGUGCGUGCGUGCUGCAGUAGGCAUGUGCGUGCGUGCUACAGUAGGCAUGUGCGUGCGUGCUACAGUAGGCAUGUGCGUGCGUGCUACAGUAGGCAUGUGCGUGCGUGCUACAGUAGGCAUGUGCGUGCGUGCUACAGUAGGCAUGUGCGUGCGUGCUGCAGUAGGCAUGUGCGUGCGUGCUACAGUAGGCAUGUGCGUGCGUGCUACAGUAGGCAUGUGCGUGCGUGCUGCAGUAGGCAUGUGCGUGCGUGCUACAGUAGGCAUGUGCGUGCGUGCUGCAGUAGGCAUGUGCGUGCGUGCUGCAGUAGGCAUGUGCGUGCGUGCUACAGUAGGCAUGUGCGUGCGUGCUGCAGUAGGCAUGUGCGUGCGUGCUACAGUAGGCAUGUGCGUGCGUGCUACAGUAGGCAUGUGCGUGCGUGCUGCAGUAGGCAUGUGCGUGCGUGCUACAGUAGGCAUGUGCGUGCGUGCUACAGUAGGCAUGUGCGUGCGUGCUACAGUAGGCAUGUGCGUGCGUGCUACAGUAGGCAUGUGCGUGCGUGCUACAGUAGGCAUGUGCGUGCGUGCUGCAGUAGGCAUGUGCGUGCGUGCUACAGUAGGCAUGUGCGUGCGUGCUACAGUAGGCAUGUGCGUGCGUGCUGCAGUAGGCAUGUGCGUGCGUGCUACAGUAGGCAUGUGCGUGCGUGCUGCAGUAGGCAUGUGCGUGCGUGCUGCAGUAGGCAUGUGCGUGCGUGCUACAGUAGGCAUGUGCGUGCGUGCUGCAGUAGGCAUGUGCGUGCGUGCUACAGUAGGCAUGUGCGUGCGUGCUACAGUAGGCAUGUGCGUGCGUGCUGCAGUAGGCAUGUGCGUGCGUGCUACAGUAGGCAUGUGCGUGCGUGCUGCAGUAGGCAUGUGCGUGCGUGCUACAGUAGACAUGUGCGUGCGUGCUACAGUAGGCAUGUGCGUGCGUGCUACAGUAGGCAUGUGCGUGCGUGCUACAGUAGGCAUGUGCGUGCGUGCUGCAGUAGGCAUGUGCGUGCGUGCUACAGUAGGCAUGUGCGUGCGUGCUACAGUAGGCAUGUGCGUGCGUGCUACAGUAGGCAUGUGCGUGCGUGCUACAGUAGGCAUGUGCGUGCGUGCUACAGUAGGCAUGUGCGUGCGUGCUGCAGUAGGCAUGUGCGUGCGUGCUACAGUAGGCAUGUGCGUGCGUGCUACAGUAGGCAUGUGCGUGCGUGCUGCAGUAGGCAUGUGCGUGCGUGCUACAGUAGGCAUGUGCGUGCGUGCUGCAGUAGGCAUGUGCGUGCGUGCUGCAGUAGGCAUGUGCGUGCGUGCUACAGUAGGCAUGUGCGUGCGUGCUGCAGUAGGCAUGUGCGUGCGUGCUACAGUAGGCAUGUGCGUGCGUGCUACAGUAGGCAUGUGCGUGCGUGCUGCAGUAGGCAUGUGCGUGCGUGCUACAGUAGGCAUGUGCGUGCGUGCUACAGUAGGCAUGUGCGUGCGUGCUACAGUAGGCAUGUGCGUGCGUGCUACAGUAGGCAUGUGCGUGCGUGCUACAGUAGGCAUGUGCGUGCGUGCUGCAGUAGGCAUGUGCGUGCGUGCUACAGUAGGCAUGUGCGUGCGUGCUACAGUAGGCAUGUGCGUGCGUGCUGCAGUAGGCAUGUGCGUGCGUGCUACAGUAGGCAUGUGCGUGCGUGCUGCAGUAGGCAUGUGCGUGCGUGCUGCAGUAGGCAUGUGCGUGCGUGCUACAGUAGGCAUGUGCGUGCGUGCUGCAGUAGGCAUGUGCGUGCGUGCUACAGUAGGCAUGUGCGUGCGUGCUACAGUAGGCAUGUGCGUGCGUGCUGCAGUAGGCAUGUGCGUGCGUGCUACAGUAGGCAUGUGCGUGCGUGCUACAGUAGGCAUGUGCGUGCGUGCUGCAGUAGGCAUGUGCGUGCGUGCUACAGUAGGCAUGUGCGUGCGUGCUGCAGUAGGCAUGUGCGUGCGUGCUGCAGUAGGCAUGUGCGUGCGUGCUACAGUAGGCAUGUGCGUGCGUGCUGCAGUAGGCAUGUGCGUGCGUGCUACAGUAGGCAUGUGCGUGCGUGCUACAGUAGGCAUGUGCGUGCGUGCUGCAGUAGGCAUGUGCGUGCGUGCUACAGUAGGCAUGUGCGUGCGUGCUGCAGUAGGCAUGUGCGUGCGUGCUACAGUAGACAUGUGCGUGCGUGCUACAGUAGGCAUGUGCGUGCGUGCUACAGUAGGCAUGUGCGUGCGUGCUACAGUAGGCAUGUGCGUGCGUGCUACAGUAGGCAUGUGCGUGCGUGCUACAGUAGGCAUGUGCGUGCGUGCUGCAGUAGGCAUGUGCGUGCGUGCUACAGUAGGCAUGUGCGUGCGUGCUACAGUAGGCAUGUGCGUGCGUGCUACAGUAGGCAUGUGCGUGCGUGCUACAGUAGGCAUGUGCGUGCGUGCUACAGUAGGCAUGUGCGUGCGUGCUACAGUAGGCAUGUGCGUGCGUGCUACAGUAGGCAUGUGCGUGCGUGCUACAGUAGGCAUGUGCGUGCGUGCUACAGUAGGCAUGUGCGUGCGUGCUACAGUAGGCAUGUGCGUGCGUGCUACAGUAGGCAUGUGCGUGCGUGCUGCAGUAGGCAUGUGCGUGCGUGCUACAGUAGGCAUGUGCGUGCGUGCUACAGUAGGCAUGUGCGUGCGUGCUACAGUAGGCAUGUGCGUGCGUGCUACAGUAGGCAUGUGCGUGCGUGCUACAGUAGGCAUGUGCGUGCGUGCUGCAGUAGGCAUGUGCGUGCGUGCUACAGUAGGCAUGUGCGUGCGUGCUACAGUAGGCAUGUGCGUGCGUGCUACAGUAGGCAUGUGCGUGCGUGCUCCAGUAGGCAUGUGCGUGCGUGCUCCAGUAGGCAUGUGCGUGCGUGCUGCAGUAGGCAUGUGCGUGCGUGCUACAGUAGGCAUGUGCGUGCGUGCUACAGUAGGCAUGUGCGUGCGUGCUGCAGUAGGCAUGUGCGUGCGUGCUGCAGUAGGCAUGUGCGUGCGUGCUGCAGUAGGCAUGUGCGUGCGUGCUGCAGUAGGCAUGUGCGUGCGUGCUACAGUAGGCAUGUGCGUGCGUGCUACAGUAGGCAUGUGCGUGCGUGCUACAGUAGGCAUGUGCGUGCGUGCUACAGUAGGCAUGUGCGUGCGUGCUACAGUAGGCAUGUGCGUGCGUGCUGCAGUAGGCAUGUGCGUGCGUGCUACAGUAGGCAUGUGCGUGCGUGCUACAGUAGGCAUGUGCGUGCGUGCUGCAGUAGGCAUGUGCGUGCGUGCUACAGUAGGCAUGUGCGUGCGUGCUACAGUAGGCAUGUGCGUGCGUGCUGCAGUAGGCAUGUGCGUGCGUGCUGCAGUAGGCAUGUGCGUGCGUGCUACAGUAGGCAUGUGCGUGCGUGCUACAGUAGGCAUGUGCGUGCGUGCUACAGUAGGCAUGUGCGUGCGUGCUACAGUAGGCAUGUGCGUGCGUGCUACAGUAGGCAUGUGCGUGCGUGCUGCAGUAGGCAUGUGCGUGCGUGCUACAGUAGGCAUGUGCGUGCGUGCUACAGUAGGCAUGUGCGUGCGUGCUGCAGUAGGCAUGUGCGUGCGUGCUACAGUAGGCAUGUGCGUGCGUGCUGCAGUAGGCAUGUGCGUGCGUGCUGCAGUAGGCAUGUGCGUGCGUGCUACAGUAGGCAUGUGCGUGCGUGCUGCAGUAGGCAUGUGCGUGCGUGCUACAGUAGGCAUGUGCGUGCGUGCUACAGUAGGCAUGUGCGUGCGUGCUGCAGUAGGCAUGUGCGUGCGUGCUACAGUAGGCAUGUGCGUGCGUGCUGCAGUAGGCAUGUGCGUGCGUGCUACAGUAGACAUGUGCGUGCGUGCUACAGUAGGCAUGUGCGUGCGUGCUACAGUAGGCAUGUGCGUGCGUGCUACAGUAGGCAUGUGCGUGCGUGCUACAGUAGGCAUGUGCGUGCGUGCUACAGUAGGCAUGUGCGUGCGUGCUGCAGUAGGCAUGUGCGUGCGUGCUACAGUAGGCAUGUGCGUGCGUGCUACAGUAGGCAUGUGCGUGCGUGCUACAGUAGGCAUGUGCGUGCGUGCUACAGUAGGCAUGUGCGUGCGUGCUACAGUAGGCAUGUGCGUGCGUGCUACAGUAGGCAUGUGCGUGCGUGCUACAGUAGGCAUGUGCGUGCGUGCUACAGUAGGCAUGUGCGUGCGUGCUACAGUAGGCAUGUGCGUGCGUGCUACAGUAGGCAUGUGCGUGCGUGCUACAGUAGGCAUGUGCGUGCGUGCUACAGUAGGCAUGUGCGUGCGUGCUGCAGUAGGCAUGUGCGUGCGUGCUACAGUAGGCAUGUGCGUGCGUGCUACAGUAGGCAUGUGCGUGCGUGCUACAGUAGGCAUGUGCGUGCGUGCUACAGUAGGCAUGUGCGUGCGUGCUACAGUAGGCAUGUGCGUGCGUGCUGCAGUAGGCAUGUGCGUGCGUGCUACAGUAGGCAUGUGCGUGCGUGCUACAGUAGGCAUGUGCGUGCGUGCUACAGUAGGCAUGUGCGUGCGUGCUCCAGUAGGCAUGUGCGUGCGUGCUCCAGUAGGCAUGUGCGUGCGUGCUGCAGUAGGCAUGUGCGUGCGUGCUACAGUAGGCAUGUGCGUGCGUGCUACAGUAGGCAUGUGCGUGCGUGCUGCAGUAGGCAUGUGCGUGCGUGCUGCAGUAGGCAUGUGCGUGCGUGCUGCAGUAGGCAUGUGCGUGCGUGCUGCAGUAGGCAUGUGCGUGCGUGCUACAGUAGGCAUGUGCGUGCGUGCUACAGUAGGCAUGUGCGUGCGUGCUACAGUAGGCAUGUGCGUGCGUGCUACAGUAGGCAUGUGCGUGCGUGCUACAGUAGGCAUGUGCGUGCGUGCUGCAGUAGGCAUGUGCGUGCGUGCUACAGUAGGCAUGUGCGUGCGUGCUACAGUAGGCAUGUGCGUGCGUGCUGCAGUAGGCAUGUGCGUGCGUGCUACAGUAGGCAUGUGCGUGCGUGCUACAGUAGGCAUGUGCGUGCGUGCUGCAGUAGGCAUGUGCGUGCGUGCUGCAGUAGGCAUGUGCGUGCGUGCUACAGUAGGCAUGUGCGUGCGUGCUACAGUAGGCAUGUGCGUGCGUGCUACAGUAGGCAUGUGCGUGCGUGCUACAGUAGGCAUGUGCGUGCGUGCUGCAGUAGGCAUGUGCGUGCGUGCUACAGUAGGCAUGUGCGUGCGUGCUACAGUAGGCAUGUGCGUGCGUGCUGCAGUAGGCAUGUGCGUGCGUGCUACAGUAGGCAUGUGCGUGCGUGCUGCAGUAGGCAUGUGCGUGCGUGCUGCAGUAGGCAUGUGCGUGCGUGCUACAGUAGGCAUGUGCGUGCGUGCUGCAGUAGGCAUGUGCGUGCGUGCUACAGUAGGCAUGUGCGUGCGUGCUACAGUAGGCAUGUGCGUGCGUGCUACAGUAGGCAUGUGCGUGCGUGCUGCAGUAGGCAUGUGCGUGCGUGCUACAGUAGGCAUGUGCGUGCGUGCUACAGUAGGCAUGUGCGUGCGUGCUACAGUAGGCAUGUGCGUGCGUGCUACAGUAGGCAUGUGCGUGCGUGCUACAGUAGGCAUGUGCGUGCGUGCUACAGUAGGCAUGUGCGUGCGUGCUACAGUAGGCAUGUGCGUGCGUGCUACAGUAGGCAUGUGCGUGCGUGCUACAGUAGGCAUGUGCGUGCGUGCUACAGUAGGCAUGUGCGUGCGUGCUACAGUAGGCAUGUGCGUGCGUGCUGCAGUAGGCAUGUGCGUGCGUGCUACAGUAGGCAUGUGCGUGCGUGCUACAGUAGGCAUGUGCGUGCGUGCUACAGUAGGCAUGUGCGUGCGUGCUACAGUAGGCAUGUGCGUGCGUGCUACAGUAGGCAUGUGCGUGCGUGCUGCAGUAGGCAUGUGCGUGCGUGCUACAGUAGGCAUGUGCGUGCGUGCUACAGUAGGCAUGUGCGUGCGUGCUACAGUAGGCAUGUGCGUGCGUGCUCCAGUAGGCAUGUGCGUGCGUGCUCCAGUAGGCAUGUGCGUGCGUGCUGCAGUAGGCAUGUGCGUGCGUGCUACAGUAGGCAUGUGCGUGCGUGCUACAGUAGGCAUGUGCGUGCGUGCUGCAGUAGGCAUGUGCGUGCGUGCUGCAGUAGGCAUGUGCGUGCGUGCUGCAGUAGGCAUGUGCGUGCGUGCUGCAGUAGGCAUGUGCGUGCGUGCUACAGUAGGCAUGUGCGUGCGUGCUACAGUAGGCAUGUGCGUGCGUGCUACAGUAGGCAUGUGCGUGCGUGCUACAGUAGGCAUGUGCGUGCGUGCUACAGUAGGCAUGUGCGUGCGUGCUGCAGUAGGCAUGUGCGUGCGUGCUACAGUAGGCAUGUGCGUGCGUGCUACAGUAGGCAUGUGCGUGCGUGCUGCAGUAGGCAUGUGCGUGCGUGCUACAGUAGGCAUGUGCGUGCGUGCUACAGUAGGCAUGUGCGUGCGUGCUGCAGUAGGCAUGUGCGUGCGUGCUGCAGUAGGCAUGUGCGUGCGUGCUACAGUAGGCAUGUGCGUGCGUGCUACAGUAGGCAUGUGCGUGCGUGCUACAGUAGGCAUGUGCGUGCGUGCUACAGUAGGCAUGUGCGUGCGUGCUACAGUAGGCAUGUGCGUGCGUGCUGCAGUAGGCAUGUGCGUGCGUGCUACAGUAGGCAUGUGCGUGCGUGCUACAGUAGGCAUGUGCGUGCGUGCUGCAGUAGGCAUGUGCGUGCGUGCUACAGUAGGCAUGUGCGUGCGUGCUGCAGUAGGCAUGUGCGUGCGUGCUGCAGUAGGCAUGUGCGUGCGUGCUACAGUAGGCAUGUGCGUGCGUGCUGCAGUAGGCAUGUGCGUGCGUGCUACAGUAGGCAUGUGCGUGCGUGCUACAGUAGGCAUGUGCGUGCGUGCUGCAGUAGGCAUGUGCGUGCGUGCUACAGUAGGCAUGUGCGUGCGUGCUACAGUAGGCAUGUGCGUGCGUGCUACAGUAGGCAUGUGCGUGCGUGCUACAGUAGGCAUGUGCGUGCGUGCUACAGUAGGCAUGUGCGUGCGUGCUGCAGUAGGCAUGUGCGUGCGUGCUACAGUAGGCAUGUGCGUGCGUGCUACAGUAGGCAUGUGCGUGCGUGCUGCAGUAGGCAUGUGCGUGCGUGCUACAGUAGGCAUGUGCGUGCGUGCUGCAGUAGGCAUGUGCGUGCGUGCUGCAGUAGGCAUGUGCGUGCGUGCUACAGUAGGCAUGUGCGUGCGUGCUGCAGUAGGCAUGUGCGUGCGUGCUACAGUAGGCAUGUGCGUGCGUGCUACAGUAGGCAUGUGCGUGCGUGCUGCAGUAGGCAUGUGCGUGCGUGCUACAGUAGGCAUGUGCGUGCGUGCUGCAGUAGGCAUGUGCGUGCGUGCUACAGUAGACAUGUGCGUGCGUGCUACAGUAGGCAUGUGCGUGCGUGCUACAGUAGGCAUGUGCGUGCGUGCUACAGUAGGCAUGUGCGUGCGUGCUGCAGUAGGCAUGUGCGUGCGUGCUACAGUAGGCAUGUGCGUGCGUGCUACAGUAGGCAUGUGCGUGCGUGCUACAGUAGGCAUGUGCGUGCGUGCUACAGUAGGCAUGUGCGUGCGUGCUACAGUAGGCAUGUGCGUGCGUGCUGCAGUAGGCAUGUGCGUGCGUGCUACAGUAGGCAUGUGCGUGCGUGCUACAGUAGGCAUGUGCGUGCGUGCUGCAGUAGGCAUGUGCGUGCGUGCUACAGUAGGCAUGUGCGUGCGUGCUGCAGUAGGCAUGUGCGUGCGUGCUGCAGUAGGCAUGUGCGUGCGUGCUACAGUAGGCAUGUGCGUGCGUGCUGCAGUAGGCAUGUGCGUGCGUGCUACAGUAGGCAUGUGCGUGCGUGCUACAGUAGGCAUGUGCGUGCGUGCUGCAGUAGGCAUGUGCGUGCGUGCUACAGUAGGCAUGUGCGUGCGUGCUACAGUAGGCAUGUGCGUGCGUGCUACAGUAGGCAUGUGCGUGCGUGCUACAGUAGGCAUGUGCGUGCGUGCUACAGUAGGCAUGUGCGUGCGUGCUGCAGUAGGCAUGUGCGUGCGUGCUACAGUAGGCAUGUGCGUGCGUGCUACAGUAGGCAUGUGCGUGCGUGCUGCAGUAGGCAUGUGCGUGCGUGCUACAGUAGGCAUGUGCGUGCGUGCUGCAGUAGGCAUGUGCGUGCGUGCUGCAGUAGGCAUGUGCGUGCGUGCUACAGUAGGCAUGUGCGUGCGUGCUGCAGUAGGCAUGUGCGUGCGUGCUACAGUAGGCAUGUGCGUGCGUGCUACAGUAGGCAUGUGCGUGCGUGCUGCAGUAGGCAUGUGCGUGCGUGCUACAGUAGGCAUGUGCGUGCGUGCUACAGUAGGCAUGUGCGUGCGUGCUGCAGUAGGCAUGUGCGUGCGUGCUACAGUAGGCAUGUGCGUGCGUGCUGCAGUAGGCAUGUGCGUGCGUGCUGCAGUAGGCAUGUGCGUGCGUGCUACAGUAGGCAUGUGCGUGCGUGCUGCAGUAGGCAUGUGCGUGCGUGCUACAGUAGGCAUGUGCGUGCGUGCUACAGUAGGCAUGUGCGUGCGUGCUGCAGUAGGCAUGUGCGUGCGUGCUACAGUAGGCAUGUGCGUGCGUGCUGCAGUAGGCAUGUGCGUGCGUGCUACAGUAGACAUGUGCGUGCGUGCUACAGUAGGCAUGUGCGUGCGUGCUACAGUAGGCAUGUGCGUGCGUGCUACAGUAGGCAUGUGCGUGCGUGCUGCAGUAGGCAUGUGCGUGCGUGCUACAGUAGGCAUGUGCGUGCGUGCUACAGUAGGCAUGUGCGUGCGUGCUGCAGUAGGCAUGUGCGUGCGUGCUACAGUAGGCAUGUGCGUGCGUGCUGCAGUAGGCAUGUGCGUGCGUGCUGCAGUAGGCAUGUGCGUGCGUGCUACAGUAGGCAUGUGCGUGCGUGCUGCAGUAGGCAUGUGCGUGCGUGCUACAGUAGGCAUGUGCGUGCGUGCUACAGUAGGCAUGUGCGUGCGUGCUGCAGUAGGCAUGUGCGUGCGUGCUACAGUAGGCAUGUGCGUGCGUGCUACAGUAGGCAUGUGCGUGCGUGCUGCAGUAGGCAUGUGCGUGCGUGCUACAGUAGGCAUGUGCGUGCGUGCUGCAGUAGGCAUGUGCGUGCGUGCUGCAGUAGGCAUGUGCGUGCGUGCUACAGUAGGCAUGUGCGUGCGUGCUGCAGUAGGCAUGUGCGUGCGUGCUACAGUAGGCAUGUGCGUGCGUGCUACAGUAGGCAUGUGCGUGCGUGCUGCAGUAGGCACGUGCGUGCGUGCUACAGUAGGCAUGUGCGUGCGUGCUGCAGUAGGCAUGUGCGUGCGUGCUACAGUAGACAUGUGCGUGCGUGCUACAGUAGGCAUGUGCGUGCGUGCUACAGUAGGCAUGUGCGUGCGUGCUACAGUAGGCAUGUGCGUGCGUGCUACAGUAGGCAUGUGCGUGCGUGCUACAGUAGGCAUGUGCGUGCGUGCUACAGUAGGCAUGUGCGUGCGUGCUACAGUAGGCAUGUGCGUGCGUGCUACAGUAGGCAUGUGCGUGCGUGCUACAGUAGGCAUGUGCGUGCGUGCUGCAGUAGGCAUGUGCGUGCGUGCUACAGUAGGCAUGUGCGUGCGUGCUACAGUAGGCAUGUGCGUGCGUGCUACAGUAGGCAUGUGCGUGCGUGCUGCAGUAGGCAUGUGCGUGCGUGCUACAGUAGGCAUGUGCGUGCGUGCUGCAGUAGGCAUGUGCGUGCGUGCUGCAGUAGGCAUGUGCGUGCGUGCUACAGUAGGCAUGUGCGUGCGUGCUGCAGUAGGCAUGUGCGUGCGUGCUGCAGUAGGCAUGUGCGUGCGUGCUACAGUAGGCAUGUGCGUGCGUGCUGCAGUAGGCAUGUGCGUGCGUGCUACAGUAGGCAUGUGCGUGCGUGCUACAGUAGGCAUGUGCGUGCGUGCUGCAGUAGGCAUGUGCGUGCGUGCUGCAGUAGGCAUGUGCGUGCGUGCUGCAGUAGGCAUGUGCGUGCGUGCUGCAGUAGGCAUGUGCGUGCGUGCUACAGUAGGCAUGUGCGUGCGUGCUGCAGUAGGCAUGUGCGUGCGUGCUACAGUAGGCAUGUGCGUGCGUGCUACAGUAGGCAUGUGCGUGCGUGCUGCAGUAGGCAUGUGCGUGCGUGCUACAGUAGGCAUGUGCGUGCGUGCUGCAGUAGGCAUGUGCGUGCGUGCUACAGUAGACAUGUGCGUGCGUGCUACAGUAGGCAUGUGCGUGCGUGCUGCAGUAGGCAUGUGCGUGCGUGCUGCAGUAGGCAUGUGCGUGCGUGCUGCAGUAGGCAUGUGCGUGCGUGCUACAGUAGGCAUGUGCGUGCGUGCUACAGUAGGCAUGUGCGUGCGUGCUACAGUAGGCAUGUGCGUGCGUGCUGCAGUAGGCAUGUGCGUGCGUGCUGCAGUAGGCAUGUGCGUGCGUGCUGCAGUAGGCAUGUGCGUGCGUGCUGCAGUAGGCAUGUGCGUGCGUGCUACAGUAGGCAUGUGCGUGCGUGCUACAGUAGGCAUGUGCGUGCGUGCUGCAGUAGGCAUGUGCGUGCGUGCUGCAGUAGGCAUGUGCGUGCGUGCUGCAGUAGGCAUGUGCGUGCGUGCUACAGUAGGCAUGUGCGUGCGUGCUACAGUAGGCAUGUGCGUGCGUGCUACAGUAGGCAUGUGCGUGCGUGCUACAGUAGGCAUGUGCGUGCGUGCUACAGUAGGCAUGUGCGUGCGUGCUACAGUAGGCAUGUGCGUGCGUGCUACAGUAGGCAUGUGCGUGUGUGCUACAGUAGGCAUGUGCGUGUGUGCUGCAGUAGGUAUGCGCGUAUGUGCUACAGUAGGCAUGCGCGUAUGUGCUACAGUAGGCAUGCGCGUAUGUGCUACAGUAGGCAUGAGCGAAACAUAA